AUGGCGACGACAUCACCAGCGGCCCCCAAGCCCAAGCCCAAGUCCUCUUCUCUCCUAAGCACCCUUUUCUCCCGACCACUGCCCCUCUACGUAUCCGCCUUUCUCCUCCGCCUCGUUCUCCUCCUGUACGGCCUCUGGCAAGAUGCCAACUCGCCGCUCAAGUACACCGAUAUCGACUACCUCGUCUUCACCGACGCGGCCCGCUUCGUGUCUCGCGGCGAGUCUCCCUAUGCCCGUGAGACGUACCGGUACACGCCUAUUCUGGCCUGGUUGUUACUGCCCACCACAUGGACGGCAGGUGCGCAAUGGGGCCCCUUGGCGGCCAAGGUGAUCAAUGUGGCGUGGUUCAGCUUUGGAAAGGUCCUGUUUGCAGCGGCGGAUUUGGUGGCGGGGUGGUUGAUUGAACAGGUGUUGGUUAUGGGGAAGGAUUUCCCUUCUUCUCCUGCUCAAGGAAAGGAGAAUGACACCGAGAGGAAAGAGGGAGGAAGGAAGGACCCCAGCGAGACAACCACGGGAAUGGACCCCUCCCGCGCCCGCGCCUUCGCGGCCAUCUGGCUCCUCAACCCCAUGGUAGCCACCAUCAGCACGCGCGGCUCGUCCGAGGGUCUUUUGGGAGUUCUCGUCAUGGCUCUUCUCUGGGCCGUCCUCUCGCGGCGCAUCACUCUUGCCGGCCUGCUUCUGGGAUUCAGCGUGCACUUCAAGAUCUAUCCGUUCAUCUACGCGCCCGCCAUCGUGUGGUGGAUGGACCAGGAACGGCUUUCCGGAUUUAGAGCAGGAGGAGGCCAGAAGACGUCGUCGUCGUUCAGAAAAAAAUUAACACGCUUCCUCACCCUCCCCCGCCUCCUCCUAGCAUUCACCUCCCUCGCCACCUUCCUCUCUCUCAACUUCCUCAUGUACCGCCUAUACGGCCACCCCUUCCUGCAGGAAACCUAUCUUCAUCACGUCACGCGGAUUGAUCACCGGCACAACUUUAGCCCUUACAACACCCAACUUUACUUGUCUUCCGCGUCGGUAUCACCGUCUCAUUCAGCAGCAGAACCAAAAUUCAAGAUCGAAUCCCUAGCCUUCCUCCCUCAACUGGUCCUCUCCACCAUCCUCAUCCCCCUCACCCUCGCCAAGAAGGAUCUACCCACCUCUCUGCUCGCGCAAACCUUUGCUUUCGUGACCUUCAACAAGGUCUGCACCAGUCAGUAUUUCCUCUGGUACCUGGUCCUUUUGCCGUUGUACCUCCCGCGGUCUUCGUUUUGGACGAGUAAGAGGAGGGGGCUGGUAGCGCUGGGUCUGUGGGUGCUCGGCCAGGGACUGUGGUUGCAGCAGGCGUAUGAGUUGGAGUUUUUGGGGCGGAGCACGUUCUUGCCUGGGCUGUGGAUGGCGAGUUUGGGAUUCUUUGUGGUGAACUGCUGGAUUUUGGGGGUGAUUGUUGGUGACGGUGGGAGGUGA